AUCUUUUCUGAUGUUCCACUUUCUUCCCUCCUUCUCGCUAAGCACUACCUCCACCUCCCAGACAGAAGUUGCUGAACCACAAUCCAGGUUACGUUCCCCUCAACAAGGCUCUCGUUCCCCCAGACGUGCUCCGCCUCCGCGACUCGAAUUGUGGCGAGAAUGCAGACGGAAGGCGAUGCUUCUUCAAGCGACAAGAUCGCAGAAUCGUCGCAGCAUGCGAAUGGUCUCUCCGCCUCUCGACUUUCUCUCAACCUGCAUCUUCACCAAGCGUGCGAAGCUGGCAAUCUUGACAGGGCCAAGGAGUGCUUGGAACGAGGUGCGGAUGCGUGGUGGGAGGAUGAGGGGACGAUCGGAUGGAGCGCUCUGCAUUUCGCUGCGGAGAGCGGCAACACCAAAUUGGUCAGAUUUUUGCUCAGAAGAGGAGCGCUUUGGAAUGCUGUCGACUCUAACGGCAUCACCGCAGCCGAGGUCGCUUGGUCCCUCAAUGACGCAGCUACAUAUCGGGCCAUCAUGGAUGAGGGCGUGCGACAAACGAUGCUUCGCAAUGCUCUCGAUCAGCGAGCUCGUGUCGAGGCUGCCGAGGAUGCAGCAGCGGAAGAGACGGGUGCAGAUGCGGAGGGCAUGUUGGUGGAAGUGCAAGCCGAUGGGCAUCUCGUCCUUCGACCUGAUGCUCACGGAGAGGUAUCAGCUAAUAACGAGGCCUUCUUGUCCAGCAAAUUGUCGUUCGAGAGGGGAGAGGAUGGGCUAGAGAGAUGCGUCGAUGUGGACGGUGGAGUGGUCAUGGCGGGCUGGGAAACCGACAUCAUGGAAAAGACUGCAGAAUUGCUGUGCGCAGGUCAGGAAGAGGGAUUCAGCGUGCUCAAUAUAGGCUUUGGCCUCGGCAUCAUCGACACGCUCUUUCAAAACUACAAGCCCGGACGCCAUGUCAUCGUAGAGCCACACGCGGACGUCGUAGCUCACCUUCGCGCCCAAGGUUGGCAAUCCAAGCCAGGCGUGCAAGUGGUCCAACAGAGAUGGCAAGAGUGCAUUGCGGAGCUGAGCGACUUUGACGUCAUCUAUACCGACACAUACUCGGAAGAUUAUGCGGCGCUCAACGACUUUUUCGACAAGUUGCCAGAUCUCGUCUCCGGCCCCUCUGCUCGCUUCUCAUUCUUCCACGGUCUAGCAGGUACGAACCCAUUUCUAUACGACGUCUAUACGCGCGUGGCGGAGCUAGAUCUGAUCGGUAUAGGCUUGCAAACGCAGUGGCACACCAUCAGACCCGCGCUAGCGAAUACAGAAUUGAUUUGGAAGGGCACAAAGAGAGCUUAUUGGACCUUGGACGAGUUCAGGAUACCUCUCUGCUCCAUGCAGAUCUUGCAAUGAGAUGACGAUGAU